GCAGCCCUGUGUAGGCUUCAUAAAUCAAGUUUGUCCGCUGGAUCUUCUAACCUAUGGACGGACGGAGGAAUAUAACUACAGUGAGGUUUCACUGACUGCUUGCUUUGCAUGAGAGGAACGCCGAUUGUUGGAGUCUGGUGAGCAUCAGUGUUUUGGAUACAUUUGUCAGCGGUGGUAACACCAGGUACCUCGUUAAAAUGGCCAGUCAUCUCCUAAACUUGUUGCUUUUGCUGAGCACAAGUGGGUGCCUUUGUCAAAAGGAUUGUACAGGUGUGGAUUGCCCCGUACUAGACAAAUGCAUUGAAGAAGUAUUGGAAACUGGAGCAUGUUGUGCCACGUGCAUGAAAACAGGUUGCAUGUGUGAGGGCUACCAAUAUUACGACUGCACCAGUGCGGGCUUCAGAAAUGGUAAAGUUCCAGAAGGCGAGUCGUAUUUUGUGGAUUUUGGAAGUACUGAGUGUUCCUGUCCGCAGGGAGGUGGAAGGAUCAGUUGCCAUUAUAUGCCAUGCCCUGAGAUUCCUGCUAACUGCAUUGAAUUGACCGAACCGGCUGAUGGGUGCAUUCAUUGCGAGCGCUUUGGAUGUGUUCACGGGGAGGAGAAGUACGAAGCUGGUCACUCCGUCCAAACGGACCCGUGCCAGGUCUGCCACUGCCCAGGCGGUGGCGGCGAACUAAUGUGCUAUCCAAUUCCAAAUUGUGAUCCGAAUCUCAUUCCAAAACCUGUGCAUGUGCCAGCUGGGGCGGAUGGCACGUCAGAGGGUCUUUACAAAGACCAUUUACUGCACGUUCAUCAAGGCUCUAGAGGUCCGAUUUCCAAACUCCUUCCGGCUGCGCACAAUAACAAUGGUCCUUUAAACCUGCAUCCAAGCCACAAUGUUGAUGAAGAAGAGGAUGAGGAAGACUAUGAUUAUCCCCCAACAGAUUAUUUAGAUCCAUCCCUGCAUGGUUUUGCCUCUCCCACCCAAUCGUCCAUCAUAUCAGUGUCAAAUCAGCAGAAUUUUACCCCCCGACAGGCUUUCCACAGGGGCACCAAACAAGAACUGAGAGAGAUGCUUGGCAUUCAUAAAUCCACAACAGACAGGCCGCAGUUUCCCUCCCAUAAGACCAGUACAGACCGGAUGAAGAUCAAUACUCAUAAAGACAAACCAAAAGAAGAGAACUUUCUGAAAUAUAAAACAGACCAAGAACAAUUUAUCCUUCCUCUGGAAACCACAAACAGAUUGGGAAUCUCCUCUCGCAUAGAAACCUCCCAGAGCUUCAGUCUUUAUAAAGAACACUCCAAUCAAGAGGACUUGACUGAUGUGGACAGCAAUAUAAACAAUGAACACCUUGCAUUUCCAAAAGAAACCUCUGAGGGGGAUAUUUAUAACCUAGAGGAUGACACAACAACCACAGAGUCUUCAACAACACUAGAGCAAACUUCCUCUCAGCUCUGGGAAACCACUGCUUCAUGGCAAACCGCUUGGAACGGCGUAUCAGAGAGUCAAAUGUACUCAGUUCUUCCCAAUACUGUGGAUGCAGACAUUUCUAAACGAGAAGAAAGCAUCACAGCUGCUUUGAAUCAAACUACUAUCCAUGAUGGCACUAAACCGGCCGUUGUUGAAGGCAAUAAAAAUAUCCUGAACAGUUUAGAUCCUGUUCAGCAAAGUGUGACAGCAUCAGGCGUUGACUCUAGUCAAAUUUUACCAGAACAUGGAAAAUCACCUUUUGAGCCCGAAAAGCCCUCAGAGGAACACAAACAGCAUUCAGGAACCCACAUAGAAAACCACGAAAAACUCAUUGAAAACCACAAACACCCCACAGAGGAGCUGGUGCGGUCCUCUGGAGACCACAAGACCAAGUCUGAAAGGAAACAGAAGUGGCAGUUGUUCUCUCCGGAGGAAUUCGCUCCAACCAGCCUAUCUCCUAACCAACAAGCUCGCAGUCUGUUUAACUUCAGGGAAGACCAGGAAGAGGCAGACAACACCCUCAGCUCUCAUUCUAGCAUGAAGGAGGGUUCGAUAGAAAGCUGUUGUGCGGCUGGACAGAAAUGGGAAGAGGAGAAUCAGCAUUGCAACUUUAUGCCUGUGAUAUCAGAAGACCUCAGCUCUGUGUGCAGUGUUGUCCAGAAGCAAUGCUGUUCAGGUGCUCUGAGGGAGAGCAGGUGUCAGGCUGGCAUAAAUGUAGCGAAAGCUGGACAGUCGUGUGAGGAAGGAAACCGGUCACCCUGUGGAGAAGACUCUCAUAAGGACUGCUGCAGCUGCUGCGCUUUGGGUCUGCGUCUACGCAGGGAAGGCAAAGAUUGCAAAGCCCAUCGGUACCUUAGCUACCCGUGUGGACACGUGUUCCUCGCGUGCUGCGAGGAUGGAGAAGAGGGGCUUUCUCCCCCCACCCUGAAGAAAAAAGAGAGGCCGGAGCCGACUGCUACUCCUAAGAGAGUGUCAGACGGUCCGUUCCCAAAGCAAGCGCUGUCCGCUGGAGAAGUGGAUCCUGCAGCAAAUUCACUGGAGGAUUUAGAGCAUGAAGACAGGUGCCAGAGAUUUGGAGCAAUCUGCCAUCACGCCUGCAUCAAUACUCACGAAUCCUACCUGUGUGUCUGCCACCCGGGAUACAGGCUCCUGCAGGACGCACGCACCUGUGUGCCAGAGAACCAGGAGGAAGACAAUAGAGUUAGUGAGGAAGACCAGGUGGUGACUGUGUCUCCAGCACAACAGGAAACCUCUACUGAGACCCCCGUCUUACAUAACCCAUGUGCAGGUAAUGGACCCUGUGCUCAGCGCUGUUCUCCUAUCAGAGGUCUAGCGCAUUGCUCCUGUUUCCCUGGAUACUUUCUGAUGGUUGACGGACACACCUGUGAAGAUUUGAACGAGUGUGUGACGAACACACACACCUGCCAGUCGGAUGAGCGGUGCGUGAACACAAUUGGAUCGUUUAUGUGCCAGAGGCGAAUCUCGUGUUCAAGAGGCUACCAGGAGAGAAACGGAGUGUGUGAAGACAUCGAUGAGUGUGUGGUGCGUACUCAUAACUGUGGGACGGGCUUCGAAUGCCAGAAUACCGAUGGCUCGUUCACUUGCGAAUCAAAGCAACGCUGUCUCACGGGCUUCACUCAGGACUCACAUGGCAACUGCCUCGACAUAGAUGAAUGCAGCAGUGUAAGUGAGCCUUGUACUUCUGGCUUUAACUGCAUUAACACAGUGGGCUCUUAUACCUGUCAGCGCAAGAUUAUUAUAUGCAGUCGGGGGUAUCAUUCCAGCCCUGAUGGGGCACGUUGCGUUGAUGUGGAUGAGUGUCAGACCAGCACCCACCGCUGUGGACAGGGCCAAAUCUGUCACAACCUGCCCGGCAGCUACCGCUGUGACUGCCAAACCGGCUACCAGUAUGACUCCAUUCGCAAGCUCUGUGUGGAUGUAAAUGAAUGCUGGAGGUACCCGGGCCGCCUGUGCGCCCAGACCUGCGAGAACACGCCGGGUUCCUAUCAGUGUUCUUGUACUACCGGCUUCUCCCUCGCUUUCGACGGCAAGAACUGCGAAGAUCUUAAUGAAUGUGACAGCAAUCCCUGCGGUCAGGAAUGCGCAAACAUCUACGGCUCGUACCAGUGUUACUGCCGAAUGGGCUACUACCUGAAAGAGGACGGUCAUACGUGUGAAGAUAUCGACGAGUGUUCACAGAGCAUUGGGAAUCUCUGUGCGUUCCAGUGUGAGAAUGUCCCGGGAAGCUACAAAUGUGCCUGUCCCCCGCAUGGUUACACCAUGUCACCUAAUGGACGCACAUGUGAAGAUAUUGAUGAAUGUGCCAUUGGAUCACACAACUGCUCCGCCUCUCAGACCUGUUUCAACCUUCAGGGAGGGUUCCGCUGCCUGUCUUUUACAUGUCCAGAGAACUACAAGAAAGUGUCAGACACACGCUGUGAGCGAUUGAAUUGCCCCAACUUCCAGCAAUGCCAGACCAUGCCGUCACGCAUCACAUACUACCAAAUGAGCUUCCAGACCAACAUCGUCAUCCCCGCUCAAAUCUUCCGUAUCGGACCCUCGCCUGCCUACUCGGGUGACAACAUCAUCAUCAGCAUCCCCCGAGGAAACGAAGAAGGCUACUUCAGCACACGGAAGCUCAACAGCUUCACGGGUGCCGUCUACCUGCACCGCCAGGUGCACGAGCCACGGGACUUCCUCAUCGACGUGGAGAUGAAGCUACUGCGUCAAGGGACUUUCACAACUUUCCUGGCUCGAAUCUACGUCUUCAUCACGCCAAACUCCAUGUGAUGCUUCACUCCACUUUUGAUUUCAUGUGGUGCUAAACUCUUCAAGCUUCGGCCUUGAAGUUGUUUCUCAUCUGGCUGUUCUUUCGACUUCUGUUUGCCUAAUGGAUUUGCCGAGCAGACUUAGAUGGGACUCUCCCGUCGGGAUCCGACCUCUUAUUUUGAGCAGAGCAAGAACAAACAGAACGGAGCGCAGAGACUGACAGAAAGAAAAAAGUCUCACUUUUUCCUCUUUAAAGUGUUGAAAGUGCUCUACUCCAGAUGCUGUUUAUACAGAACCAAUUUAUCUUGAUUGCCUAAAACAGCUUUUUAUAGCACUUUGUUUCUUUUCUAACCACACAAUGUUUCUCUGUGGGGGUGGCAAGGGUUGAGCUGAGGUAGCGCUAGACAUUUAGACACAAAUUUGUCACGAUUCUGCUGCAGGCCCGUCAAACGUUGUCGCCUCAUUUAGACGUCGACAAAUUUUACAGCUCUUUUAAAAACGGCUAAUAAUUGUGUUUUAAUACCUAUCCUCGAUAACUCAAACAAACGCCUCAGUUCAUACCAUACUCCACCUGCACAUGAGAAAUGUGGGUGAAUGUGUCUGUAAUCACUUUCAAUUAAAAGUAUGUAUUAUUUUUUUUCCUAUACUUGUUUCAAAACGUUUGUGGUGCAAAUAUACCCAUUUUGCAAACAGUUAACAAGCAUACAUGAAGAAUGUGUGAGCACUGAAAAUAUUUCUUCAUUUCGUUUUAUGUUAUUCUGUACAUCUUUAUUUUUUUAUACUGGGCCUAUUUUAUCUAUUACUGUCUUUAAAAUUCAUCUCAGGGUUCCAAAAGUUCAUCUCACUAUACUCUCAUGCACAGCAUAACUGAGAUCACAGUAUAUUGUAUCAUUACUGCAGUAUAUUAGGUAUAUUUCUGUCAUAACCCAGUUUAUUGAACACAACAGCAUUUCAUACUCCUUCCAUCCAAAAUACAUCAGUAUAUUAACAGUAAUUCUUCCCUUUCCUAUUGAAUUCACUUCUAUUGGUCUGUAAAACUCAAUCUCUGGUUAAAUAAAACCACCAACUCUUUUGA